CCGAAGCUCGCGUGGCAUCGAAUCAGAGCAGGUGAUGACAGCCUUGUGCAUUCGGAGCAGCGGGUUCCUGUGGCCGGAUUGCGUGGGCCCAACAAGAGCCGUCCUAAAGCGCCCUGAUUGUCAGGAGGCGAUAGGUAGAUGCCUCGUCAUCGGGCACCCAAGUCCCCCAAUGCACGGGCCCCAUUCAGGAAUUGUGUGCACCAUGUACUUGGUAGAAGGCUUCCUUUCUCGGGACUCGGCGCUCAGGCACUGCCACAAACCGCCCGUGAUUGUUGCUCUCGGAUUAUCUGCAAGCGCUGAGAUCGGAGUGAUCGCAUACAGAUCCAGGUCAUCUUUUUCUACACGACAUCCUCCUGCUCCCCAGCAGCCCAAAAGAAAACGGCCUCUCGGCGGCAAAGCCAUCAUCUUCAGGACUCGUCGAGUCCUCGGGGCCUUGCAGGCUUCCCGAUACUCACACAUUCUCUAG